GUUCAGUUGACUUUAGUUUGCUGUUACGCGAAUGAUAGCCACUAUUUUGUUGUAUUUCACGUUUCAAAAUCGUUGCUAUGGACACGAAAUGAAUUAUUUUAUUUAUUUAAAUUUUUCUUAAUUAUUAUCGAAGUAAAUUUUUGUAAUUAAAAUGACCGGAAUUAAACAAGUUAGAAAUAAAAAGUUGUUACCGGAUUUACGAAAAGAGGGUGACUUGGGAAAAGAAAUAGUUUUAUCAACGAAAGAAAAACACGGCGUUCCAACUGGAUCACGGCUUUUUUCACAUCAUACUUUAGCCAGCGUCAGAAAAUUAAGUUUUUACCAUCCAUUUUUUUUACCACAUGAUAGUUUGGAUCUAGUUCUAGCAGCGACCUACAACCAGUCGAAUGAGCAUUUUGCCGAUAAAGAAGAUUUGUAUUUGCAAGCUGAAACAAUAGGUUGCGAUACUUGGCGCCGUCUGAGGAACACCUAUGAUAAGCUACCGCCAGUUGUUAUUCCUUUGGGUCAUCCAAUGAAAAGAGGCGGCAUCACAGAACGAAAGUCCCCCUUCAGUGUGAAGCUAAUGAACUCGGGUGUUCACUCUUCACAAACCAAUCCUGGAUACAGCAGACAACCUGCUGGCGGCGCGAUUUUCUUCUAUUAGUUUUAUACGAAUUGGUCCUGAAAUUUAUAAUAAAACAAUAUAGAUGUUAGGAAGUAGAUAAGAGUAGCGAUAUACUUCAAAAGUAGACUUUAAUUGCAUGUUAUAAAUUUUGAUUGAAUCUCAAUUAUCAAAAUGUUCUAAAGUUGUCGAUAAAUCAUUUUGAUAGAAAUGAAUAUAUGAGGGGGAUAAAGCUAGUGCUACAAGUAUUGGUAUGUAAAAACAAAAAGAUUUGAAGGAUGUUAUGAGGAUGCAAUGAUACAUUAUAAAUAUCUCCUGCUUUUUUAACAUAUUAUUUAUUAAACUAUCUUAAAGAAGUAUGGUAUCGAAUAAAAUAUUUCUAAAAUU